AACUCUUCCUACAGCAGCAAUAAUCGUGCUAAACGGUGGCUGAGAAGUUCACCUUCCCUCGGCGAUGCCGCUCUGCGUCACACCGAGGAGCCGAUGCUGAGGAGGAGGAGGAGGAGGAGGAGCUGCAGAUAACACAUAGAGAGCUGCAGCAGACUGAGCUGCACCGGCCUCAUCUCAGCUUCAGCCUCGUCCCCUAACAUGGACGGGUUCCGUCUGCCUCCGGUCAUCGAGGAGGUUCUGGAUCCGUCAGAUGAGCUGUGUGAGAUGAAGGUGGAGAAGCCCGACGUGCCCGCAGGAACCAAAGAGAGGGAGUCUCUGCAGCAGAAGGAGCUGAAGGUGGAGGAAGCAGCAGCAGGAGGAGAAGAGGAGGAGGAGGAGGAGGAGCUGAGAGGUCAGGUGUUCCAGCUGCUGAUGGAGCUGGAUGAAACCAGGGAGGUUUCUCAGAGACACGAGGAGGGCUUCCUGGAGCUGCAGGGUCUGUUGGAGGAGGAGCGGCUGGUGAGCGCCGAGCAGGCGGAGAGCUUCACGCGACAGAUCCAGAGACUCCAAGCAAAGCUCCAUUCGGUCCAGCAGGAGAUGGACAGUCUGGAGGAGGAGAAGGAGAGCGAGCUGCAGGAGGUGCACGAGGAGCUCCGCUCUACUCAGGAGGAGGUUCUGCUGCUGCAGCAAGGCGCAGAGGAGGCGGCGGCUGAGAGGGAGAACGACAUCGCCUCCCUGCAGGAGGAGCUGUGUCGACUGAAGGCGGAGCUACAGCGACUCCGCGGCGCCACGCAGGAGCACGAGGCGAAGGUCACCAAGGGGCUCAACCCAGGGGACAGCAGCCAGCUCAAGGAUGAGUUUUUCACCUUAACUGAGGGAUGUCAGCUUCUGCACCAGGACCACAAAGCUCUGGAGAGCAAAGUGGAGAACCUGCAGCACGGAGACUGGUGUGAUGAUGCGUACCUGGCCGUCUCUGACACUGGGCGCGAGCAGGUGAAGGCGGGCUCUUACAUCACUCUGUCUCAGUACAGUCCCGAACUCCAAGACGUGGAGGACGCGGACCCCGGGGAGCUCAACGUCCUGAAGGUCCAACUGAGACGAGCCGAGGAGACGUCUCUCAGAGUCGAGACUGAGUGCGGCAGCUUGAGGGCGGAGCUGCUGGAGCUGCAGCGGCUCUACGCCGCCAGCCGGCGGGAGCGAGCGUCCAAGGAGGAGGAGCUGCAGCGCUGCAGGGCCGAGCUGCACCAACUGGGGGGCGGGAAGUCGCAGGUGAGAGGUCAGAGGUCAACAGCCCGGCGGACAAGAUGUGACAUGUAUAUAUGCAUAUAUGCAUUAGGCCUGUCAAAAGAUUUAAAAAAAAAAAAUCAAUCGCACAUCUCAACAUUUUCAAUCGCAAUUAAAAGUUUCAGAAAAGUCUUUGAACGUCCCCCUUCUGUUGAACACGUGGAGGACUUCCGUCUUCUUCAGCUUCCGUCUCUCUGCAUCUAACUGACUGCAGCACGCGGUGGCUUCAGGGGUCAGGGGUCAACGCACGCCGGAUUAUAUUAUAUUGCAUUAAUCUCGGGCACAAUAAUCUCAUGGAUUAUUGCGUUCAUUUUGACAGCCCUAAUAAAUAUAUAUCAAAGGUAAGCAGGACGCCGACAGUCAGCUGCUUCUUCAGUGUCUCUGUAAGCUUCAGCUCAACAUCUGUCUGCUCAACUCGCUUCCUCCGUCCAGCCCAGGCGACCGUGAAGCUCAUUGUCAAAACAGGUCCGUCUGAUUGGCUGACAACACGUCAUGUGUCAUGUGUCAUUACACACCAUUCAAUUUGGAUUCUGUUUAUCACACCUCACUUGUGUCCAGAGGUGAAGAACAGGUUCCUCAGCUGACUGAAUCUAUUCUGAAAGGUGACCUGGGAUCGUUCCUUAGAGCCACCAGCCUUCUACAGGGGGUCCAACUACCCCAACUACCAACUAAUAGUUUCAUUUCACUUUUUGGGGCAACCUUUAACCCACACUGCACACUUCAAAGUGUCGGCGGAGACCUUUAAAUGACUCGAUGUAGAGAAUUUAGCCGGCAGGGUACAGACCCAGAACAAGUAGACAGGUAGAGGUGUGUUUUUAGCUGAAUAGACCUUCUCCUCCUGAGGAGCCAGGACAGUCGUUAUGUUGUUUAGCUCUCAGUGAGGGAGCAGCAAGGUCAGCCACUGGUAACCAGUGAAGGGACAGGAGUAGUGUGGGUGAAUAUUGGUUGAAGACCAGUGGAGCUGCUGCAUUCUGGCUGCAGAGGUUGAUGGUGCUGGCAGGUAGACCUGAUAGGAGGAGUUCCAGAUGACCAGAGCCUUCUGAGGGACAAGGGGACGGAUUCUCCUGAUGUUUCUCCAGGGUCGUGUUGUUGCUGUGCUGCUGGCAGGGAGGGGAAGUGGACUGUGUCCCACCGAGGUUCCGUCAGGGGUGGGGUGAGGAUGGAGGGGUCAAAAGUCGUGGGAGAGUCUUUUCCUGGAAGAAGUUCAGUCUUGUCAAGAUCUCGUCUUUAACCAUCUUUGAUGUCUUCCUCAAAAUUCCUGAUUUUUCUGGUUCCUUCCAUUCACCUGUUCACCAUGUUUUCUUUCCCACACAAACCUUGCACCAUUAACUUUGUCAAAUUCUCUGGUGAUUUGAUGGUUUUAAUGCAUAACUUGCCUGCACAUCAAUAUUUCAUUCACAUGUUUUUUAAAGUUUCUUUUCCCCACGCUCGCUUUUCUUCACGACUUUAUUCUUCUGAUUAUUUUAUGGUUUUAUUUCCUCUUACUACGCCCCUCUCUCCAUGCCCCCCUGCACUUGUACCCUUUUGUCUUUUCCCCAGAACUGCACUGGUCCUUCUGAGCCCCCUGUCCUCUCCAUCCCCUUCAUUGGAAUGAUUGUUAUAGUGGCCUUGAUUUGGUGCUGGUGGGAGGAGCUGGCGUCCUAAAGAGGACCAGGUACGGCCACGCCCCUUCUUUCUCUAACCGACGCCCUGCUUCGAGUGUCCACAUCAUACAGUAGUUUCUGCCCGUGGAGCGAUUGAGUGGAACCUCUACGACACACUUAUAAUCAGUGAAGUUCACAGUGCUUCAAGCUGAGCAGAUGUGGUCUGACCACAGGGGACAGAAGCUUUGGACGGUGCAACAUCUUUCUCACAUGUUGUCACCUGAAACGCCUCAGGCUAAGGAAAGGGCAAACGGCAUCGUGGGUAGGGGGCGCUAUGACGUGAAACCACCAGUUUCCCAAGACCAGCACCUUCAAACGCUUCGUCCUGAGGACAAUUUGUGUUCCUUCAAUCAACAUUCUUGUCUUCUAAAUCUAACCCUGUGGCCGGGAGUCUUCCUCAGUUCCGUAUGUACCCUCACGUUGCUUCGUUCUCCUCAGCGGGGCGACGCCGCCGGCUGGAAUCUGGCGGUGGCAGCGGUCGCCGUGGUGGCCUUUGUGGUUCUAGUCGUCCCCAGCUUCAGCAGAGCCUGAGGACCACGCACAAACCUCACAGCCUCUGCAGGGGAAAGCAACAAAAGAAAGGUCUUCCGCGGAGAGCAGAAGGUCAGCAGGUCGGGUUCCUUAUCAGACUUCCACCAAGAGUCUAACGGCAAGACCUCAUUUAUCACAUUAAACUUUGCUCAGAGGGAGAUCGCGUGUCAGCUGCUAGGGGUGAAGCACAAGAGUUAGUGAGUGAGAGUGCACAUGUACAACCAUCGGAAUAUGCAGUUAUUAUUAUUAUACAUAUAUAGCUUUUAUAUAUAUAUAGCAUCAUUUUCACAUUUUCAAUCUAUAAAUGAAUCAUUGAAUUGUAUUUGUUGUUUUGUUUUGUCAAAUCUUCAGUUAUCCAGACAAUGUAGCAAAUAAUCACAAUUCACUUGUGUCAGAGUAUCAAGUUGUAUUGAAUAGAAACGUAAAAAUACCUUCAGAUAGUACCUUAGUUUGGUAAAUGUGUUUUCUAACACAAUAAAUGUGGUUAAAUCUAUAAAUUGAAUUAAAGUGGAUUAAAGUGGAUAAUUUUCCACAUGUUAUAUUCAAUGUCAGUGGUAUUAGUUAUAAAGAAGUAAUAUAUUACUGCUGCAGUGUUUCUAUGAUCAAUAGUGAUUUGAAUUAUUUAAUUCAUAGCCUUUACCAUUUCAUUUACAUGUUAAUUUAUCCACAAAAGUGUUGUAUUUAUAAAGAUCUUAUCCAGAUACAAGUAGGAAAUCUUUUGUAUUUCAACAUUCAGUCCAACAAUUUAUCAUUUUUUGUUGAUUGACGAAUCCACUGAGUUAAUGGUGGCAGAUCAUAUUUGGUUGUUUGGUGUUUUAAUGCGUUGAGUCCUACUUCCUGCUGUUUGUCAGAAAUACAACAUCGAUGGUGAUCAUUUGAUGGAUCUGUUUUGUAGCGUGAGGAAAUAACAAGCUUUGUUUGACCUACCUUUACAGAUCUAUUUGAAAUGUCUAUUUGUAUUUUUUUACUAUCAACCAGGUGGUAUUUUAAAAUUGUUGGGAUGAGAGAUUAUUUGUGACGACUGACUUCACUGUGCCGGUUUUAAACUAAUCGUUGCUUUCAGGUUUAUAGAGAUCUUUUUGCACAGCAGAUAAAAUAGUACGUUGUUUUAUUUUAGAUACAGAUGUGGAAUUAUUCAUAAGAGCAAAGGGGAGACGAUAGAGGACUGCAGAUAACUUAAAAGAAGACAAAUUGGGAUAAAAAAGUAGAUGUAGAGAGGUUAGCUCGACUGUGUGUGAGGACUCAAAGGCAGAGACUGACACUGGAGACCAGAUUUAACUUCAAACCAAAGGUGGUUCUUUACUGAUGAACAAAAUCAAACUCAAAACAACUCCAACCGAGAGCAAAAAGCCCAAAAGGGGCAGUCAGUCAUUAACGGGGUCCAAUAGUCACGAGACACACAGGAGGGGAUGAACAAUGACAAUCUGACAACAGGAGCGGGGGACACAGGGGGACACAGGGGGGACACAGGGAGGACACAGGGAGGACACAGG